UGCAGAGUAAUCUUAGUGACGAUGGAGAGAGAUUAGAAAGCGUUCCCACAGUUAUGUAUAGCUCAGUUCUGAAACUUCUGCCAGACAGGCUGCAUUUAGCAUCCAAACAAGAUAUACCACAUAACGCCAGAGAGUUCUUUAUCAAGAGGAUGCAGUCAAUCUGACGCAUCACUGGGGCUGGUCCCAGGAAGCCAUGCAGACGAAAAGCCUCAUUCUGCUGGUUGCCCUGGCAGCUGCAGCCUCGGCCUUUGUCUGCCUGCCCGACUUCUGCAAGAACGUCAAGUGCAAAGAGAUCACGGCAGAGAACUGCGAGGGAAGGGUGAGCACCAAGGGAAGCCUCUGCGGCUGCUGCGACAGCUGCAUUCUUCAGCUGGGAGCUGGAGAGAGGUGCCUGGAGCUGCUGCCUUUCGGCGUGCCACCCACAGCAGAGUGCAAGCCGGGGCUCCACUGCAAUGAGUCGACGCACACGUGCGUGCCUCUGGAAGAAAGCAGCUUGUCCCCUUCCCAAGUCGCCGACGAGGACACCCCGAGGACAACGAAGGAGCACUAGUACAGAUGAACUUCAAGUUUAACAUCAAACUGAACUUCAAAAUGAACUUCAAGGUCAGCAAUGCGCCAAGGAAAUGGUUUCACGAGUAAUGUCUACGACAAAUUUUAUGUAGGGGGUGUUGGUACAAAAUGACCUCAUCCUAGUCUUUCGAAACAAUAAUUAAACAACUUCCAGGAAAAACAA